GGGGAAGCCUCAAACCGCAACCGGGAGUCGGAGGAAGAGGGAGGAAGUAGUCCUCCUUGGGCGAGCGUCAGGUUCUGUUUUGGCUGUGCGCUUUUACGCACAGGCUGCAGACGGCGACCGGACCUCUGUGCGUCUCAGUGAGCGCAGCAUCAUGAGCGGAAACACCAGCGUGGUUUCUCUCGCUCCACCAAGGGAGUGAUUAGAGAAGAAGAGUUCAGACGAAGAAGAAGAAGAAGAAAGAACUUUCCUCUGAGGGAUCCCUCCUCCUCCUUCACAGCCCGACCAUGAGGCUGUGAGCACCUUCCACCUCUUCUUCCCCGCAGAGAUCUCCUUCAUUACCCCAUGGGUGAAAGUGCCGGCACCCACCUCUGGAUGCUGCUGCUGCUGUGCGCCCCGCUCUGUGCUCUGGCCCUGGCCGGAGGCUCCACGCUGAGCCAGGGGGACUCGCCGAGCACCGCAGCCACGUCGCCGCCGGAGGACUGGACCGGCACCACGGUCCAGCUGCAGCCAGACCUGCAGACCGAAGCCCAGACGCCGACAGCAGAGAGCCAGACGGAGGCUCCGACGGAGGCGCAGACCGAGGUGCAGACUCAGAGCAUCACCAGAAACUACACAGGUCUGUCCUGUAUCCCUGUCCUUCCUCCACGCCGGGGUUCAUUCUACGUGGAGAGUGGCUCAGGCGUAUCAAUCGGCAGCGUGUUGGCCUUCUGGUGCAGAGAGGGAUACCAGCUGGUCGGCAGUGACAAAAUCUACUGCAAUGUCAGGAACGGCAAAGCGCAGUGGAGCAACUACCUGCCUGUCUGUGAAGCAAUCCCUAGGCCAGAGGACCGUGGACUGAGAGUGGCCGUAUUGGCCUCGGUGGUGAGCGGCAUCGUCAUCCUCGCCAUGUCCCUGUCCUUCCUCAUCUGCUGUAUGCAGGAGCGAUCCAGCCGGGACCGUGCCAAGAAAGAGGGACGGAGCAGACGUAGGGAAAAGCGCUCAGCCCGCCGCAGUGAGUGUUGGCUGGAGAGAGAGGAGGGCGAGUGGGAGUCUUUCCCCCCACCCAAGAUCUUCCACCUGUCCCAGAGGAUGAACCCCCGUCUGGCUCCAGACAGUCCCCUCUACCUGACAGGAGGCCUCGGUGGAUAUGAGAACAGAGGAUACCAGAGGAGCCAGGAGAGUUUGCUGAAGGCCUCUCUACCUGGACUCUACCGCUCCGAGUCUCAGCUGUAUCCUCACGUAGUCCUGCAGAGGGUCCCGACACCAACCGCCCCCUCUGCCCCUUCGGCCCCGUCCGCUCCGUCCGCCCCUCUCUACCUCCACCUUCCCUCCUCGUCUUCUGCCGGCUCCUCGCCCGCCCACGCCACAGCCCCGGGUCAUCCACACAUCAUGGCGCAGUACCCCACACCGACGUACCCGCCCAACCCCAACACAGCCGUGCCCGCUUACCCCCACCAGACAGCGGCGCCCAUCUAUCCCAACCCCAACCCGACACCGCAGAGGCCGUGGCAGUAGUCAUGUUCGCCCGACGCCUCAUUCCCAAUGUGCUGCGCCCUUCCUGACGAUAACACUGAAGGAACAUGCACAGAGAAAGGCCACGGGCACAUUUUGGAGAACUCUUUUUAGUCUUUCUUACCCCUGUUUUCUCCUACAGAUGUCUGCAAAGGCCUCUUUUUUAAAGCAGGCGCAGAAGAAGCGUAGAAACCAACUUGCAGCGAGUGUAGCGCCUCCUCCUUUUUACUGCAUGCUUGACGAGCCUCUCCGGAAAGUUUGGACUUUUGUAGAAAGUGAACGUUAUCUUUCCCACUGAACUGCUGCCGCUGCACUUCCUACAAGCGGAGGUCUUCAGAGAAACGCCUGUGUGCUUUGACCUCCAGAAAUCGUAGCUGGUCAACAAAGGGAGAUGUAAAGUUACAAUUUAGAGUGCACUAAUUUUAAAAAAAAUAAUCAUAAAAAAAAAACUUGCAGGCUUGUUUCAGCAGCUCUCUGAAAAAAUAACUUUUGAAAUAGUUAAAUGUUUAGAAAGAGACCCUAUCAACCUUCGUGGGGUCCACGUCAUCUAAUCCCAUUCUAAAUAAACUAACAGAUAUAUAUUUUUUGACUCACUUCUUCUUGACCAGAGCCACAUGUAUUGUAACAAAAGUAGCUCUUGUUAAUACAGUCUUGCUUUUAUUUCCCCAACAGCGAGUGAGGGAAACUCUCCAUCAUUUUUUAUUGAUCCUUCUUCUCUCAGCAGAACCGUUAACAAGCUGUGUAGCACAGCAAUUUUAAAUAAUCGUAUUCGAUAAACUAAAGUCUGAACCAUUUGGAGCCCUUAGGGUUCAGGCUAUAAUUAAUUUUGUGAAUAGCUAACUUAAGAAAGUCAGACACACUGUGAGAAUGCUGCUUCAUGUAUGAUGCACUGGAAACUGCACUGAACUGACAUGUAAAGUUUGAAUAGUAACAUGGAGUAACUUCUUAACCUUAAACCAUUGUUCCUUUAAACUAUGUACAUUCAUUUAAACUCUGUACAAGGUCCCUUUACUGUCAGACUUCUUAUUUUUAAUAGAAGAAGAACAUGAGUAGAAACACUAAUAAUUCUGCACUUUAAUUAGUAUUUUUUUUAUAUAAAAAUGGCUUGGACUCGACAGGUAUUUCUGUUACUGUAAAGUAUUUGUUGUAUAACAGUAAAGCUGCCAUUAAAGCUGAAUAAAGAGAGUUUUGUUUUGUUCAACCUUC